UGCGGUCAAAACUAUGGCUGUCGAGUGUCGAUUUACAGUGUUGGUCGACAAGCUUUGAAGCCUUGUUGUAAUUUUUUUAAUAUUGUUCUUCAAUAUAUUAUUUUAAUGUAAGAAGAAUAACAGAUAAAUAACUAAUAAAAGAAUGGCAUUUAGGGGUUGAAAAUAUUUAAACUGAGGGACGGCUGCCGUCCGUGUGCUAAAAAAAUUAUUACUUUUUGAGGUAUUGUAUCGAAAAUGGCACAAGUCGGUGCUAACAUGGAAUACCAAGAAUAUAAAUGGGCUUACUCAAUUAUGGAUUCAUCUAAGGUGUCAGCUUGUUUGAUCUCAAUGUUGCUGAUAGUUUACGGCAGUUUCCGGUCUCUUAAUAUGGAGAGGGAAGCGCGCGAACGAGCCGAGAGGGAGACUUCAUCUACAUCCUCGGCUAAUAAUAAUGUCCAGACCCUGAGUACUAUGCAGGCUCUGUGCUUCCCUCUCGGUUCGUCUGUGGCGUUGCUGAUAAUGUUCUUCUUCUUCGAUUCCAUGCAGACCCUAGUCGCUAUAUGCACAGCCAUUAUAGCAUGCGCGGCGCUGGCGUUUCUAUUGACGCCGCUCUGCCAGUACGUAGCGGGCGGCGUGGUGGGGGCGGGGGCUGCGCGCUGCGGACGGUACUCCGCCCCCGAACUGGCCGCAGCCCUACUGGCAGCCGCUAUAGUAGCAGUGUGGGUACUCACAGGCCACUGGCUGCUCAUGGACGCUAUGGGUAUGGGCCUGUGUGUGACCUUCAUCGCUCUCAUCCGUCUGCCGUCUCUGAAGGUGUCCACGUUGCUCCUCACCGGUCUCCUCUUGUACGACGUGUUCUGGGUGUUUUUCUCCUCCUACAUAUUCACCACCAACGUCAUGGUGAAGGUUGCCACUAGACCGGCUGAGAAUCCUAUGAACGUGGUAGCCAGGCGUCUUCAGCUCGGCGGUGCUAUGAGAGACGCUCCAAAACUCUCUCUGCCCGCCAAACUAGUCUUCCCUUCAAUGCAUCACCAGGGACACUUCUCUAUGCUCGGUCUCGGUGACAUCGUGAUGCCGGGAUUGUUGCUGUGCUUCGUCUUACGUUACGAUGCUUACAAGAAGGCGACGCUCGUGUGUCAGAUGGGACAAGUCCCCGGUCCCAGGUCAAUGGGCUCUCGUCUGACGUACUUCCAUUGCUCGUUGCUGGGUUAUUUCCUUGGCCUGUUGACUGCUACCGUAUCCGCGGAGGUUUUCAAGGCAGCUCAGCCGGCGCUACUCUACCUGGUGCCCUUCACGCUGCUCCCGCUCCUCACAAUGGCAUAUGUUAAGGGAGAUCUGAGGAGAAUGUGGAGCGAGCCUUUCAUACCACCGUCCGGGAAGAGCGCUGCCGACUUCGACGUUUGAACCACGACACGCUCGGACGCGGACUAACUUUCUGAAAGGUGUAUUUAAUAAUAAAAAAAAAACAUUUUUGUAUGUCUGUCUGAAUAGUAUUCCUCUGAGAGAUUGUUCAAACUAUACUUUUAUAUUUAGUUUCUAUUAAGUACAUAGGUAAAGUUUAAAUGAUUUGAAAAUAAUAUUUAUAUGGGCAUGAACAAAGUAUGCUCAAUAAAUUAUAGACGUCGUGGCAUGUAAAUUGAAAUACUCACAUUAUUUUAAGUGUCCACAAAUGUAUCGUAAAUUUAUCACAAGAACAAUAUAAGUGACUCAUUGUACAGUAUUGUAAUAUGGCUGUUUUAGGCGGCCCAUACAUGUGCAAAAAUUGUGCACAAUAUUUUUAUUGUGCAAUAAUAUUGAAUACUCUCUUUGAAUCCAAACGUUCAGUAAUGUUUACCGAUAAGAUUGUCAAACCAUUCACGUGACUGAACCCAUCACGACCGCUCGAAACAGUGAACUGAAAAGAUAUUGCGCAAGACCAACUCUACACAGUACAAGAAAUACUUAUUGCCCAAUAAAGUUUGAGCUCGCUCGAACUUCUGUUCAGUCAUUGCGCAAUUCUUCAAUAUCAUCCCUACACUGCUAAUAAUAUUGUACAACCAACUAUAUUGCGCAAUAUUAUUGUAGAUGUAUGGGCCGAAUCAGAGCCGGGCUUUUUAAUGUAAUUUUUCUUUGUUCGGUCUAAGUUUGUAAAAGCUUUUUUUUCUUUGUCACACGAAUUUACACAGGGUGGCUUGUACCAGUGCACAGAGAUUGAAAAAUAUAAAUAUAUAUAUAUUUCUUGAUAAUUAAAAAUUAUUAUAAUCAUGAUACAACACGAGAAAAAAGUUUGUGUGGAACUUUAACUAGAAAUUAAUGAGAUCCGUAUGUUAUUUUAUAUCACAAUUUAUACGAUAUUAAAGAAUAUAAUGUCUAUUAAUAUGUAAUAAAAACUUCAAUACAAAUGUUCAGGUCACAACGUCAUAUUAACAUAUACAUAAAUCUAUAGAGAUCUUUCACAUCUGUGCCAAAAUAUCUGACAAAUUUUAUGUGGCAGACGAACAAGCAAUGUGUAUUGUGCGCACCUUAUUAGAUGAAAAUAUAAAUCGUUUAUGCAAUAUACUAAUCUCAUUAAAAUCAAUCUGAUGUUUUCGAUUCGUUGUUAGUAUUGUAACUACUUGAUUUACAAAAAAAAACAAAAAACGAAAUGAAUAAAAAUGAGUAAUGACAGAGCUGUGUGCGAAGGUAAUGUUUAAAGAAAAUAAAUUUAUAUAUACGUGUGUUUGAAUAUUCAAAAUGUUCAAACAUUUGGAGGUUUUUGUAGCGUUUCUUUGUAAACUUGUGUCACAUUGAAUAGUUCUACGGUUUACUCAAUUUAUGAUCAAACUUUGUUAUCACUGCCUUAGACUGAUGUUUUCAUAAAGAUUUCUAUGUGUUUGAUUAAUAUAAGUAAAUAAUUGUCUAAUUAGAUUUCUAGGCUACCUAACGUUGUUAAUUGAAUUUAUAAAUGAAGUUUAUGUUAGAUGAUAAGCAUAUGAGUGUUUUUUUUGGUAGCUAUAUAUCUUUUGAAUAUCAUUUUUAUACUUGUAUCCUAUGUCUCUGAUAUAUUUCUGAAUUAUUAACGAGCAGUAUUUUUUUUUAUAUACAAAAAGUGAUAUAAUUUUAUCGAGGCUUAUGAUUGAAGUUUUGUAUUAGUUUGACACGAACUCGAAUUAAUUUUGAAUCCUCAUUACGGGAAAUGUAAGAAUGAAUUGUGUAAGAUCUCCUAAAAGUCACCGGCUCAUUUCUCAUUUAUAAUAAAACGCGUUUCAUAUCAUUCUGUACAUAACCGUGAAAUGUAAAAUGUAAAUUGGUAUAAGUUUUCUAUCACUUAUCUCAUGCCUUAAAAGUAAUGUAAAUAUAGCAGACACAUGACAUUUUACUUACCCACAUAUAUAUGAAAAAAUGCAUUUAAUAUUUUUAUAUGUAUGUGAUGGUAAUACCUAAUAAAAAUAUUAGAUGGACA